UACAGAGAUCAGUGAACGAGCCCCAGAAAUCCAACAUGGCGGCCUACGCAAGUGCCACUUUGCUGCAGAUUCGGCUUGGAAAAUCAAGGAUCUUGAGUCACCUGAGGCAUAAAGUACCUGCAAGUUUCCAUGGUGACCAACAAUAUGUACGCAACUAUGCUGUUGCACCUUGGGACCCCAGUGAACCUACGUUUGAUAAGAUCCUGAUAGCUAACCGGGGUGAGAUUGCGUGCCGUGUAAUGAGAACAUGUCGUGCCAUGGGAAUCAAGUCUGUUGCCAUCUACAGUGAAGCUGAUGUCAAUGCGCUCCACGUUGAGAUGGCAGAUGAAGCAGUUUGUGUAGGCCCAGCAGCAUCAAAGGACAGUUACCUCAAUAUGGAUAGAAUUUUACAAGCAAUCAAAGACACAGGCUCUCAGGCUGUUCAUCCUGGCUAUGGUUUUCUCUCAGAGAAUAUGGAAUUUGCAAAAAGAUUGGCAGAAGCAGAGGUAUCAUUUAUCGGGCCAGGAAGCCGUGCUAUCCAAGCGAUGGGUGACAAGAUCGAGAGCAAACUCCUGGCCAAGGAGGCUAAGGUCAACACCAUUCCAGGUUUCGAUGGAGUCGUAGAGACACCGGAUCAGGCAGUAGAGGUCGCUAAUGAUAUAGGUUAUCCAGUCAUGUUGAAAGCUUCGGCAGGAGGGGGAGGAAAAGGAAUGAGGAUAGCAUGGAAUGAUGAUGAAACAAGGGAAGGAUUCCGACUGUCAUCGCAGGAAGCGGCGGCUAGUUUCGGAGACGACAGACUCCUAGUUGAAAAGUUUAUAGAUAAUCCUAGACAUAUAGAAAUACAAGUAUUAGCCGAUUCCCAGGGCAACGCAAUCUACCUGAAUGAAAGAGAAUGUUCGAUACAGAGGAGAAAUCAGAAGGUCAUUGAAGAAGCACCCAGUACUUUCUUAGAUGAAGCUACAAGACAAGCCAUGGGAAACCAAGCAGUAUCACUAGCAAGAGCAGUAGAUUAUAAAUCAGCAGGUACUGUGGAAUUUUUAGUAGACUCAAAGCGCAACUUCUACUUCUUAGAAAUGAACACCAGAUUGCAGGUUGAACAUCCGAUUACGGAGUGCAUCACAGGGGUUGAUCUGGUACAGGAGAUGAUACGGGUUGCUAAGGGACACGCCCUUAGAUACACACAGGAUGAUAUACCAAUCAAUGGCUGGGCCAUUGAGAGCAGAGUCUAUGCCGAGGAUCCUUACAAAUCUUUUGGUCUUCCGUCCAUCGGUCAUCUUCAUCGCUACUCCGAGCCUCUCCAUCUCGAUAAAGUCAGGGUGGACAGUGGAAUCAAGGAAGGCAGUGAGAUCAGCAUGUAUUAUGAUCCCAUGAUCUCAAAGCUUGUUACAUAUGGAGCCACGAGAGAGGAAGCCUUAGCAACCAUGGAAAAAGCCUUGGAUACGUACAUUAUUAGAGGUGUAACUCACAACAUAUCACUGCUUCAAGAUGUGAUUGCCAAUCCUAGAUUCAUCUCAGGUGAUAUCAGCACAAAGUUCUUACAGGAAGAGUACCCAGAAGGAUUCUCAGGUUGGAAGCUUGACCAAAGUGAGGAGACCAAUCUUAAAGCAGUAGCAGGAUGUUUGUAUAUACUCAAUCAAUUCAAAGCCCAAAGAUUUACAAACCAAACUAGGGUACCACCGACGCCAGUAUCGUGGGACCAAUCCAAACUGAGUGUAUUCAUCGACGGCCAGAGACAGGAUAUAGUAGUGCAGAUGAAUGAUGCUGGAGGAAAGGUGAAUAUCAAUGGAGAAACAUUAGAUGUCAAUAUAUCAUGGUCAACAGCCCAAGAUGUAAUCACACCCACUAUAAAUGAUACUACUCUAUGUUUACAGGUUAUUUCAUGUGAUACUGCCGGCAACAUUCAACUUCAAUACAAAGGCACAAUCUUUACCCUGAACAUAAUGCAGCAAGAGGCAGCUAAUCUCCAAGCAUUGAUGCCUGAGAAGGUCAAGCCUGAUGUGAGUAAAGAAGUUGUCUCCCCUAUGCCUGGCAAACUCCAUUCCCUCCAUGUGCAAGUAGGAGAUUCGGUUGGUGAAGGCCAGGAGGUGUGUGUUGUAGAAGCAAUGAAGAUGCACAACAGUCUCUUCUCAUCAAGAGACGGAAAGGUCAAAGCCAUUCAUUUUGUUGAAGGUGACAGCAUAGCGGAAGAAGACAUUAUUCUGGAGCUGGAAUAAGCGCGUGACACAUCAUUACAGUUCACGGGACUUUGCGAGAGGACAGAAAAAUCGAACAUUAGCGUUGCUGCAAUCAUGUCAUCACAAUUGCAUACCUCCCGGGGUUAUGAUACACCACAGUGAGCAAUGCUGUGCCUAAAUUAACUGUUUUAUAACCGUUUUUCUAAAGGGCAUCAAAAUGACAGCAAAACGGCUAUAAAAAAGGGGAAAAAAAGGGCUACCAAAUGGCAAGCUGCUCACCAUGGUCAAGCUCCGAUAUACAUCACUGUGGUAAGUGAUGCAUGUAGUUUGAAGCUUGGAAGAGAGAGAUGAUCAUCCACCGUAUUUUGAGAUGAAAUUAACUUGUAUACGUAUCGUGGAGUGCAUCUUGAGAGAAAAAAAUUACAAUGGGUCGGUUUCAUGAAGUUGUUUAUAAGUUACGUGUACGUUUGAUGUUAUGCACAAUGUUAUGCACGAUUCUGUGCACAACGUUACACAUAACAUUGUGCACGAAGUUACGCAACGUUGAUGUAUGAUGUUACAUGUGAUGUUACGCACGACUGGUGACCCGUUCUUGGGUACCAAUUCCAGGGGGGAGCAGUCAAAUAUAUUGCUGUACAUACGCGUGACCAAAAAAUGCGUUUAAAGGGGUGUUUUUUUCGGUUUUGGACGCGGUGUGCGCGUUGACUCGUUAAGGGUAUCAAAGAACCUGAUUUUCAAGACAAAGGGUGGUUUUGAAAGACUGGUCAAUGGUCAAUCACAAGGGUCAAACGUAUUUAGGGUAUGUUUUUUCUCCAAAACCUUUUUAUUAAGACUUGCCAAAUAUGUUUAUUGGGUAUGGUUUUUUCCCCAAGCUUUUUCCCCGAGGCCAUAUUUUGGUGACAACUUCUUUAGGGGCCACAAUGUGUACAUAAAGCCAGCGAAAAACUUGUUUAGGGGGUUAUUUUGCACACAGAGGAAAACUCGUUUAGGGGGGUGUUUGGAAAUUCCUUGGUCACGCGUGUAAACAGCAGUAUAUCUAAAGACCCACCCCACCCCAGUCAGGGAUCAAGCAAGUUAUAUUAACAAAUACUGAAUAUGGUAGCUUGAAACAUCAUGCACCUCGUUUAUACAUGUGUGUGCUUGUUCAGGGGUUUACAAGAAAAUUGAGUAUGAAAUGAAGUUGAUAAUGAAUUAUUUACAUUGUAUUUUCAUUUUUAUGUUAACUGUGCUGUAUUCACUCUUGUGCGUUUAUUGCAUUAACUACAUCUAAUGUACACUUUAAAUGUUUCUGUUCUCUCAUUUUUUAUGCACAAUGUAUACCAUAAUGCUGAAUUACUGUUGAAAUAACGGAUGUUCGUUGUUUAAAUUAUAAUAUUUAUUUUCUUUAAGCCAUCUACUGGAUUAAACCUUUUACCAUCAUUAAAUACAUCUUUUUCUUUCAGAAUAUGCUAUUUUAGGAUAAAUGCUUCCAGCAAUAACAAUCAUUUGGGUUUUUUUAAAUCAUAUUUGGGGUUUGGGUUAUGAUUGGGGUUGAGAUUUGUUAGAUUACUAAAUGUAAGAUUUCUUUGAGGGUUGGUUAUGCAUGGAAUGAUAUAAUUCUAUUAGUUUUGUAUUGGCUUUGCUGGAGAGUGGUUGGGAAGUACAUGUACAUGUACUUUAUGCGAUAAAUGCUGGAAAAUGUUCCCUCAUUUACUUGUGUACCUAAAAAAAAAAAAAGAAAAUUGAACUUUUUCCAAAAAUCAUUGAAGAUUAUUUUUGACGCUAUAAAAUUACAUGAACAAAGCAAAACUUUUUUUUCUCUUGAUUAGUGCUGUUACUACGUGUAUGUCAACAGAUAUAACAUCAUUAUUUGGCAUAUAGUACACAUUAAUAUACAUGUACACAGACUAGAAAUAUUUUACUUUUCUUUUUAACCAAGAGGUUAUAAACCAAGACACUGUUUUCUAAACACAAAAUUAUAUUUGUCUAUCUAGCUUGUGUGUGGAGAUUUACACAUUAUUUUUUUACUCAGUUUUGAGAAUGUAUAUGUACAAGGCAACCAUUUGCUGCAACAAGAUCUUGUUUCACAAAACCUGGCUGCCAUAUAAACACUCUAGUAUACAAUGGGUGUACUCUAAUUUUAAGUUUGGUGCUGACCUAUUAAUGUUGGUGUUUGGUUAAUUUGUUGUCAUCAUUGCACCAAACUUAAAAGAUUAUCCUUCAUGAAUCUAACAAGGGGGUAAGCUGACAAUGAUGUAAUUCAGAUCAUUUGUGUAAACUCAGAUUAGGUGUUGGUGUCAAGAAAGGCAGUCAAUUUUGCUAAAAACACAAGCACUAGCACCAUACCUUAAGAUUAGGUUUUGGAGCCAGGAAAAUCAAUCAACUUGUGCUUCCAGCACCGACACAACACCAAAGUUUCAAAUUAGGUUUUUAAGCUAGGACAGACAAUCAACUUGUGCUUCCAACACUAGCACCAACACCAAUCUGUCAGAUAUAGGUUUUGAAGCUGGGACAGGCAAUCAAAUACGUGCUUAUAACACCAGCACCAACACCGAACUCCAAAUCAUCCAAUGAGAUCAUGUUCCUAUAAACACGGUGUAAAGACUUCAAUAUGUUAUAUAAGAAAGUUUGAAUUCAGUUAGAUUAUCUCUUAGUGAAUCAUCUUUUCAUUAAAGCACAAAUACUAGUAAUGAUUUUCUCAAAAUUUUAGAUACAAUGUCUUUUUUUGCCCCAACAAAGCAUUUGUAUACAACCUUUAGUCCAUGAUGCCUAAGUGUCUUAUGUGAUGUACAUGCUUCAAAGAAAAAACAAGGCAUUUUUAGUGCCCGCAUUUUGUGUUUCGUCAUGUUUGGAAUCCACAAUCAUCAGUUUGUAUGCAGCCACAACCAAACCUGUAUGCGUCAACGGCACACCAAGUAUCUUGAUGACUGUAUUCUGAUCAAAGGAAAAGAGAAUAUAUGAAAUAGAUUUUGAGUAGAUGGGGAUGGACUUGGUGUAUUUGGGAAAGGGGUAAUGGGUAUAUUGUUAUUAUAUUUCUGGAAAUCAUAUGU